UGCAUGACUUCUAUUGUUGGGAGCUUGUGCUAUUGUCUCAACAUGGGCAAGGAUUUAUUUCAAAUCAGGCACUAAAAUGAUUUUCUGGCGCAGAUGUUUCUGUAGAUCAUUAUACAAAUAUCAAUCUAGUUCAUGUUUAUCAAAAUUUCCACUAAUCCUAGGUGACCCAGAGAAACAUAUACUUUUUCAUCUCACAGUUGUUUUUGUGUUAUAUUAGGUUUGAUGCCAAGGGUUUUUUGUUUUUGAUUUUUUGGAAUCCGCUUGUGUUAUAUUAUCUGGAGGCUGGUCAUUCUCUAACAAACUGUUUGUAAUGCACUCAUGCAACUACUUUUCCUACAACCUGACCAGCUUGUGUUUUUCUUCUGUGAACGAAAAGAUGUCAACAAAUAAACUUCCAAAUAGACAAAGUGAGGGGGGAGGGGAGGGGAUACGGGAGGACUUUUUUCUGGUUACUUUGGUGAAGUGUGGGUAAGUUGAGUGGUUGGACAACACAGAAAUUAUAUAUAUUGGGUAUUUUGCUACUCCCAUUGUCCUAGCUACAAAAGGUACUACAUUAACUUUGCUGGGAUACAUUUAAGAUCUUUUCUAUGAUAUGUUCAUGCCAUGUUGGCACUCUGCUCUUGCUGCAAACUUUUUUUCCAGUUGAAAAAUCUUUUAAGAAUGAGACAAGGUUAGCAGCUUUGUGCACAACCAACGAUAGGGGCUAAUUACAGGUAUAUUAGCCCUACGUGGCACAAUGAGUUCUUUGAUAUGUUGUGUUUUUUUGCUUUCUGCCUUAUAGAGAAGCCAGGAGAUUUUGCUUCAUGAAGACAUUAUGGGUAGCACAGGUAAUUCUUAAGUUGUAUACAGGCUUGCUGUGUAUUUAGUUACUUCAAAAAAAUUAUAAUUGUAGUAAGAGAGAUCCAGAUUUUUCAACUCAGAAUUUUUGCAACGGGCAUUAUUAAUUCUUGGUCAAUAACCCAAUAUAGUCACUACUCACUACAAUUUUCUGCCUUGCCCUUGGGGCAACAAAGGUAAUCAGGUAGUAAAUCAAGGCUCCUUGUGAAGGGAUUAAAACUUUUCUAAUUUUCCCUUUGGAUUUUAAUGCUAGCAAUCAAAUUCUAAUGGAGAAUGCAUUCUCAACAAAUUUAAAUGGAUAAUUGGAAAAUGCUUUCAUCCUUCAGAGGGUUUUUGGUUUCAGAAGGUUUCUGGUGUACCCUACUUGGACAUUUCCAAUUUUAUUGUUAUUCUUAAUAUACCCUGGUAAGGGGGUGAAAAAGUAUUUAAUUCUUCUGGAACAUACGUUGGUUUUCUGCUCUGUCAACUCAAUCUGGCAUGGUGAACCUGUACACCUGUUAAGGUACGUUUGGUUACAGAUAAGGAAACAAAUAAACCAAGAGGAUAUGGCUUUGUUGAAUAUGUGCAUACACGUGACAUGAAAACUGCAUACAAGCAAGCUGAUGGAAAGAAGCUUGAUAACAGAUGAGUUCUUGUGGAUGUUGAGCGGGGAAGAACUGUGCCAAAUUGGAGGCCUCGAAGGUUGGGUGGUGGACUUGGUACAACUAGGACUGGAGGUGAAGAAUUUACCCAGAAGCAUUCUGUCAGGGAACAUCAACAACUUGCUUCAGGUCAGUCUAGAUCAGAGGAGCCAAGGGCAAGGGAUGAUCGGCUUCUGGAUUGGGAGAAGUCUCGUGAAAGGGGGCGAGAUCAGGAGAGAGAAGAGAGACCUCAUGAGCGUUCCCAUGAAAGGGCCCGGGAGCCUAGAGAGGAUAGGCACCACCAUCACAGGGACCGAGAUAGAAACAAAGAAAGGGAGAGAGACAGGGAAAGGGAUAGAGAUAGAGAUAGGGAGAAAGAUCGUGGUUGAGACCGUGACCAUGACCGUGAUCGAGCUCGUGGUAGGGACAAGGAAAGGAACCAUGGUCGUGACUAUGACCGUGAGCAUGAACGUGAUCGUCCACGUGAUAGGGAUCGAGAACGAGAAAGAGACUAUGAUCAAGCUGGUUAUGAAAGAGAAGGUGGUGGUUAUAUUCAUGACAAGGAUUCUGAAUAUGGCAGUCAGUCAAAGCAUGGCAGGGAAAGGUCUGGCACAAGGGAGAGAAAUGUUGAACAUGACAAUGGCCAAGAAUGGUACGAAGGAUUAAGAAAUCAGUAUGAUGAGCCAAAGGGCCAGAAACACUAUGAUCAUCCUCCACCACAUGACCUUGCAGAACAGACUGAGCGAUCAAAGCAACGCCAAGAUUAUUAUGAGCAUAGGUCCUAUGAUCGGCUUCAGCCUGAUUAUUUUCAAAAUCAGCAUGGGUAUGCAGAUCUAGAUCAACGUGAGGAGGGUGAGGCAGUAGGAGAUGAUUAUGGAUACCAUCAUUCUGAAAGGUCCCUGUCAAGGGAGCGACAAGGUUGAUACUGGGUUUGAUGAGUUCUGUUGCAUUUACGAGGAUGCUGUAUCAUGAAUUGAUCUGACUCCUCCCUUUCUACUGAGUAACGUGGUUGCACCUUCCAUAAGUAUAAUCGGUGUUCGACCUCAGUAAUUACGUUGGAAGCGAACUGGUGUUUUGGUAUGUUCCAACUAGUGAACUGUUUGGAUUUGUUGAUAUUGUAUUGAAUCUUGGGAACUCGUUUUGCUACUAUUUUAUUCUGACAGCCUUGAUAUGUGAAUCAUUAAACCUGUUGAUCUAAGGAUCCGGAAGAAAGAAAGGUUGGGAAGAAGAUAAUAAGUCCUUGGUGGCUGGCUCUGUGCUUUCUUUGUUGCACUUAAUUAUAUUCAAGUGCGUUUUGUAGUGUUCAGCGAAAUUAAAUUAUUGAAAUGAUUGUUUAUUAAUUUGUA